AGCGGUUGCCCGCGCGCGGCGAUGGCGGCAUCCGGGGAGCUGGUUCCAUGCUCUGUGUACUUCUGCGGGAGCAUCCGCGGCGGGCGGGAAGACCAAGCUCUGUAUUCGCGGAUCGUAUCCCGGCUGCGGCGCUAUGGGAAGGUGCUCACUGAGCACGUGGCUGAUGCUGAGUUGGAGCCGCGUGGGGAAGAGGCUGCUGGGGGCGACCAGUUCAUCCAUGAGCGGGACCUGGCCUGGCUCCGGCAGGCCGAUGUGGUCGUGGCAGAAGUGACACAGCCAUCCCUGGGUGUUGGCUACGAAUUGGGCCGGGCAGUAGCUCUUGGUAAGCCGAUCCUGUGCCUGUUCCGACCACAGUCUGGCCGAGUGCUUUCCGCCAUGAUCCGGGGAGCAGCCGAUGGCUCGAGGUUCCAGGUGUGGGACUACGCAGAGGAAGAAGUGGAGACCAUGCUCCAUCGGUACUUUGAGGCUUAUCUUCCUCAGGGGACGGCUUCCUCCAGUAACCCAAGUGCCUGUCUUAACCCUACUGUAUUAGAAAAAAUUUAAGAUUUAUUUUUUUAACACAUGUUUAACUACAUGUAUGUAUGUAACCACAUUCAUACCUUGUGCCCAGAGGUCAGAAGAGGGUACCACAUUCUCUGGAACUGGUGGUAGAGAUGACUGUGGGCCUCCAUGUGGGUGCUGGGAACUAAACCCACAACAAGUGCUCUUAGCUGCUGAACCUUCUCUUUGGCCCUGGUCCAACUUUAUCCAAUGCUGACCCCUGAUGUUUCUCUGGACUCCUUCCUGCUUCUGCCUCAGUAGUAAGAAAAGGUUCGUUUAGUUGGGUAUGGUGGCGUCUCAGGAGGCACAGUGUGGUGGUUUGAAUAUGCUUGACCUGGGGAGUGGCACUAUUAGGUGUGACCCCGUUGGAAGUGUGUCACUGUGGGGGUGGGCUUUGAGACCCUCCACCUAGCUGCCUGAAAACAGACUGCUGGUUUCCUUUUGAAGAUGUAGAACUCUCAGCUCCUCUUGCACCAUGCCUGCUUGGACGCUGCCAUGCUCCUUCCUUGAUGAUAAUAGACUGAACCUCUGAACCUGUAAGCCAGCCCUAAUUAAAUGUUGUCCUU